AUGCGACAAAGCGUCGUUCAGAAUGUCGAUGCUCUACGAGAAAAUGAAACGCUCAUCAACAUGGACCUACUGGGCCUUGUACCUAGCACGUCAAGGUGGGUAGGCCAAGAAUUCAUUGAUAUUUACUUCCGCGACUUCCACCCCGCUUGGCCGUUUCUGCAUCGAGGGACUUUCAAGAUGCCGCAAGAACCAUGUAUACUUCUUCAAUCGAUGGUGAUGAUGGGACUCUGGAUCAAAGGCGACAAAGAAUCUCGCGAUGCAGCGAUGGUCUUUCAUCGCAAAUUGAUAUCUGCUAUUGAGGCUCAAAGAUCCGAAUGGUAUGUGUCUGAAUCGACCUUAUGUCCGAACAAUGAAAUGCCCUGGCCUAUGGCGACCUAUCAAAGCAUUCUUAUACAUAUUGUACUGGCCCUUUUUGUGGCCGAACAAGAGACCACCCUCGAUUUGAACUGUCGUUAUCGACUAUCAGCCCCCGCAUACGAAAUUCUUACAGCACUGGUAGAGACCUGCCGACAGCUGGGCUUGUUCAAUUAUCCGAAAAUGCUCAGUAAACACCAUCCCUCUGCACCGUUGGCACUUGUGUGGGUGAGCGUGGAAGAAAUCAAACGAUUCGGCCUGGCGCUUUACAAGGUAUGUCGUUUAUGUGCUCGUGGUGUCGACUCUCACACAGAGAAAAAGGCCCACAGAAAUGGCGAUUUCUUGAAAAAUGAGCUCUUAACCCUAGCAGACUUGGAAUUCUGCAUGCCGGAUAGCGAUGAAUUGUGGAAUGCACCACCGGGCCAACAAUCUGCGUGGAUUCGAGGUACUGCUUCACAGCAGAGGUCCAGGGAUAACCGCGAUUCAAAAGGGUGGAUAUCUCAUACAUCGAAGCAACUGAACGAUGACCGUAUCGCGUUUGACUGGAUAUAA